AUGGCCCCUCCUACUCCCACCUCUAACCCUUUCGCCGCCAUGAGGAACUUUGGUGGUAUGGUGUCGUCUGCUCUUUCCUUCGGCGACAGAUCUCGCCAAGUCUCCUCCCUCGGCCUCGGCACCCUCUCUUUGGGGGAGCCGUCUGGCGAUGUCCCGCCUCCUCGCUCCGCUUCUCCUCCUGCCGGUCCUCCCGCUGGUUCUCCCUCUGCUUCUCCUCCUCCUGGUUCUCGCUCUGCUUCCCCUCCUGCCGCCAGCCCUCGCCGCAGGACGCCCGCCUUUCGUCCUGACUUCGAAGGAAAAGGGGGUGAUUAUAGUGAUGAGGAUGAUAGAAUCGUGUCGGAGGGUGAAACCGAGUUAGAGGAACACUCGGAUGAUGAUAUGGUGGCGGUUAGUGUAGAGGACAACAACGUAGAUAGUCCUGAGCCCGGUCCUGCCCCUCCCCCUGCUCAAAUUGUGGGCCAGAAACGACGCCGUUCCCUCUCUUCUUCUUCUUCUUCCUCUUCUUCUUCUUCCUCUUCUUCUUCCUCUUCCGGGGUUCUCCCCCCCCCCAACGCCAUCGCCGCUGCCGCCGCUGCUGCCGCCGCCGCCGCCGGUCCUGCUGCCGCCGUCCCCGUCGCUGCUCCCCCCCCUUCUCCCAGAGGGGAGCCUUCGCCCAAACGGGUGAAGAGAUCACUGCGGGAAGAAGAGUACUUGUGGGAGAAGAUGAAGUCCGAGCCUGGUCGUUGGAUCGCGGUUGGUGUUGACGAAGCGUGUGAUCGUUGCCGGCCCUCCGUUGUGCUUCAUGCACGUCUGGCCCCUGCUCCUUCUGUCCCGUUUCCUCUGCCCGGGACAUCCCGCCCCGUCCCUUCGACGCUUCUCCUCUCCCCCCUCCCCAGACUCCAGCGUCUGUCCCCCGUUCGCGGGUACCGUCUUCGUCUCUCCGGUCGGUUCGCCGUACUUCGCCGGACCUCCGCCCGUCGCCUCCGUCGCCGUCGCCCUUCGCUCCUGUGGCCGGCCCAUCACGUCUCCCGGCUGUUCCUCCUUCGUCUUCUCGCCGUCCUUCGGCCUCUGCUCCUUCGGCCUCUCGUCCUUCGGCGCCACGUCCUUCGGCGCCACGUCCGUCCUCUCCAGUGGUAG